AUGAAUUCUAUGUUACCUUUGCCCAUAACAUUACUGCUCUUUGAGAGAUUUCAAGAAAUCAUACCGCUGAAAGCUAAAAACGUCAUUGGAGGAGAAGAUCUAACUGCAGCGACGAACUGGAACCUACUUAUAGGACAAAUACUGAACGAUAGAUGUGCAUGCCGAUGGAUAACACCAAUGCUGGAUCCGCUCAUAAGUGAGGACUAUAACUAUUUGGAUAAUGUGUCAGGUGGAAUAUCAACAGCAAGCCUAGAAGAAGACGAAGAAGAAGGGCUUAAUCACUGUGGAAGGUACACACUAAUAGCAAGCAAGAAGAUGGUUGGAGUGUUCAUAAGUGUAUGGAUAAACACAUCAUUGUUCAAGAGGUACAGCACAUCGAGUGUAAAAGUGAGUGUUGUAGCUUGUGGGGCUAUGGGUUAUUUGGGAAACAAAGGUUCGGUGGCUGUUAGCAUGUCAAUUGAAAGAACUAGCUUUUGUUUUAUUGCUGCUCAUCUGGCUUCUGGAGAGAAGAAAGGGGAUGAAGGGAGGAGAAAUCAACAAGUUUCUGAGAUUUUCAAGCGAACAACUUUUCCUCGACACUUUCGAGAUAAAUGCAUUCCUCGGCCUCUUACAAUUCUAGGACAUGACCAAAUAUUUUGGUUCGGAGACCUCAAUUACAGGUUAUACCUGGAGAAUGAUUUAGCUAGGGAGCUGAUAAAGAAGCAAGAUUGGACAGCACUUCAAGAGUUUGAUCAAUUACGACAAGAGCUGGGAAAUGGUGGAGUGUUUCAAGGGUGGAGAGAAGGAAACAUAGAAUUUGCACCUACUUAUAAGUAUUCCAAAUAUAAUAGGAAUCGGUACUCUGGUACACAACCUAGCAGAGCAGGAGAAAAGCAAAGGACACCAGCAUGGUGUGACAGGAUCUUAUGGUAUGGAAAAGGAGUAAAGCAACAUUCUUAUUUCCGUAGUGAGAGCAAGUUCUCAGAUCACAGGCCAGUAUCUGCUCUUUUCUCCACACAGAUUGAAGUCAUCAAGUCAGGUGAAGCAACAGUGGUUUCGCUCCAACCUGAUGUACCCACUACGGUUUCCUCUAAACAUACUGAACAAGAGAUAUGUAACAUAGAGGCUUCACCAACAUUGAUUUCGCUAAAUACCAAAGAGUUAGACGCGUCACCAUUAGACAAAAAAGGUUGCAGAAGAAGCAAAAGGUUGUGA